GUGUUUUCAGAAUAGUGACAAGUUACCCAGUAACAUUCAAAUGUUGUUCCUAUUUAUCUCUCUUGCGCAAGUUGCAAAUCGACACUGUGCCUGGCGAAGGACUUGAGACAGCUGUUUCUAUUAAUAACCUCUACCCACUUACUCUGUCACGGGACCCCUGCAACCUCACCACAGCAAGCCUGGGUCUAGACUAAUACACAACACCCAGGCAGACAUCAACAGAGGAAAUCAACAAAGCAGCAACCACAGAGGAGGCCGGACACUGACACGCAUAGCUUGUUGACUGCAGCUGUCAUCAACAACCAACAAACCCGGAUAAAAUCUAAAAAACAUGAAGUCACUGCGAUUUCUUGCUGCUGAGAGCUUUGUCCAGACUGGUCCAAGUGCACUGGAGAACCUCAACUGUGUGUCUUUUAACCUCUACCCAAUUCUCUUCAAGGCAUGCUACCUUCAUGAGCAGACAGACUUGCUGCAUGUUUUGGUCCAGGCAUGGCCUCUUCAUGUGCUUGACAUACAAAGGCUCCUGGGAGAAACAGUCGACUGUCAGAUUGACCUCACCUCUUGCACCUGCCGGCUUUGUCUGGAUGCGAUUCUAACUGGCUUAAAGGAUUAUGUGUUGUCUCCUCCAAGAACCUACGCCAAGAGCCUCCAUGUGGUGGACCUGACUGCCCUGAAGGAUAUCGAGCACCAGGCCUGCCCCUGCCAGUCAACCCUGGGCAGAUGGGGAAGAACCCAGCUCCUGACCCAAAUGUGCUACGAGACCAUGGUGGCCAUGCAAGCCAACAACGUGUCCCGAUCUCCCUUUGAAAUAUCUAUCGAUGUCCGUUUGAAUGGUUUUGUCACAGGCCGCAACUAUGAGCUGGUGGCUCAGGCCUUCCUCCUCAAGCGCUACUGUCCACUGAAGCUUCGUUUUGUUAGUUUUCGGGCUGAUUCCCUUGCUCUCAAGCAGCUGUUCUAUGUUCUUCGCCUAGCAGAACCUGAGUGCAUUUCAAAGCUUGAGGUAGUCCACAACGUUCCCCUGGAGGCCCCACACUUGGAGGUGCUUCUUUCCAGGGUGGAAUUGCCCAAAUUACAGUCAUUGGCCCUGCCGGCUGGUGCGUUGGAUGUUAGAAGGUUGGGCUCUGAUGAAAAUGAUGUGCUGUCCAUCAUCGGCAAUCUGCUGGCCCAACUGAGCAGCCUGACUGAGCUCUCUGUUGGUUUCUCCACUCUAACUGGACACCUACGCAGAUUGCUUAAUCCUCUCAACACUCCACUGCAGUGCUUGGAGUUGGCCAAUUGCUGCCUGAACCGUGUGGACAUGACGUACCUGUCCAACAGCCUCCACAGUGAGUCCCUGGUUAGUCUGGACAUCAGCGGACAUGAGAUCUUCAGCUCUUUCUCCUCCUGUUUUCACAGACUGCUGAGCCGCUGCUCAGCCACAUUGGUCAGCCUGACCCUUGAAGAAUGUAACAUAGAGGAUGAGCACAUGGACGCCUUCACUAAUGCUCUGGCUUGCUGUCAAGUGCUGAAAGAGCUGAAACUUGUGGGAAACCCUCUGACCUCUGCAGCCUUGCGCAGGUUAUUUUCCGUGCUGUCCGCAGGCUUUCCAAAGUUAAAAUACAUAGAGGUACCCGUUCCCCGUGAGUGCUACUCUGAGGAUGUCACUUAUCCUCUUGAUGAUUCAGACCUAUUGCUGUACAACAAGGAGUUGUUUCAGGAGGUCAGAGGCCAGCUGAUGGGGAUCCUGGAAGGAGCUGGUAGAGGAAGUGUGGUGGUGUGCACUCCACUCUCGGGGGCCUAUGACCCAGACCUUAAUGAAACCAGCAAUGAACUGGGAGUGUCCAUGUUAAAAUCUUUUAACAAUGUCAUCGGGAACUUCAUAGUUAGCAUAACUGACGUGGAAAAUAAAAGAUCACAGUCUCAGGGAGAUAACUAAUGGGGGUGCCUGUGGAGUGAUCCAGUAAAUGGGCCAACAGAAAAAGGUCAUGAUCUCAGAUUGUUUACACAAAUCUAUACAUG